CGAGAUGGUGGCUUGCCCUCCUAGGAAAGGAGGCUUAAAACUAGCAAAAUGCUUGCAACCCUCAUUCUUUUGUUUAUUACUGUAAACAAAAUCCAUUUCGGCAUUCCCCACUCUCCCCCAUCCUCUUUUAUUUCCUGCCUUCCAAUCUCAAACUUCUUUCUCACCCCAAACACACAACCCAUUUACUUUUUUUUUCUCUCUAUUGUCAGUCAUGGAAGUUAAUACUACAGCCACCGUACCUGCAGGGCCACCAGCUAAGAACCACUCUUUCACACAGCACCGCUCACAUUCAGAAAGACAUAGACAUAGCCACGGCCAUUUCCCCACCAAAACCAUUCUCAUUACCAUCUCAUUGGUUACCUUAGUUACGGUCCUGUUUGUCAUUUUUGUGGUCCUAUUCUUGAUCCGUCGCCAAAAAUCUUCCACCAAAAGUGGCAGUUGCAAAGAAGACAGCACAGAGCUUCAUGACACAAGCAGCAGGCUCAUUACUUCAUCAACCUUGAAUUCUAGCCCAGAAGUGAAGAGUGGGUGUCUUCACGGGGGAAAUUUGAGCAGGACCCCAGCAUCUACAUUUCGAGGAGUCCAAGUGUUCACAUAUAGGGAACUAGAAAUUGCUACAGAUGGAUUCAGUGAAAGAAAUGUGAUUGGUGGUAAUGGAGGACAUGGCUUGAUGUAUAGAGGAGUUCUAAGUGAUGGCACUUUGGCAGCAAUUAAGUUGCUUCGCAGUGAGGGUAAGCAAGGGGAGCGUGCCUUCAGAAUAGAGGUCGAUCUCCUAAGUCGCUUGCACUCUCCAUAUUUGGUGGAGUUACUUGGCUAUUGCGCUGACCAACACCACAGGUUAUUGAUUUUUGAAUACAUGCCCGAUGGUACACUUCACCACCAUCUUCACUCCCCCAACGAUCAAACUCAACCGUUGGAUUGGUGGGCCCGGAUGAGGAUAGCCCUUGAUUGUGCCAGGGCACUGGAAUUCCUUCAUGAACAUGCAGUCUCUCCUGUGAUCCACAGAGACUUCAAGACUAACAAUGUUCUGCUGGAUCAAAAUUUCCGUGCCAAGGUGUCUGAUUUUGGAUUGGCUAAGAUGGGAUCAGAGAAGAGGAACGGUCAGGUUUCCACCCGUGUGUUGGGGACCACUGGAUAUCUGGCACCAGAGUAUGCCACGGGUAAGCUUACCACAAAGUCAGAUGUUUACAGCUAUGGUGUGGUUCUUCUCGAACUCCUCACGGGACGUGUGCCUGUUGAUAUCAAGCGGGCCCCGGGAGAACAUGUCCUUGUCUCUUGGGCUCUUCCACGGUUGACAAACAGAGAAAAGGUGAUUGAAAUGGUUGACCCAGCUCUACGCGGACAGUACUCUAAGAAGGAUUUAAUUCAGAUAGCUGCCAUUGCAGCAAUGUGCAUACAGCCAGAAGCUGAUUACAGGCCGCUCAUGACAGAUGUUGUACAAUCACUGAUACCACUUGUUAAGAACCCAUCCUCCCUUAGUUCUAGUUCCCUACGAUUUCAGAAACAAACCACAAAGAGCAGAAGCAGCCUAGAAAUAAACUAACAUUCGUGUUAGACUAAACUAGCCCUUGGACAAACAUUAGGCCCCAAAACACGAGCAAUAUCACACACAAUGGGGGGCACCACCGAAUUGGCAAACCCUCAUCUCUACAGCCUUCAAUAGCGGAGAAGAGAGGAUGGAAGAAAAUGCAAACAGAAAGACGAUCAUGGAACUUGUAGUUCUAGAUUUUGCUUUUAUCAUUUUAUGAUCUGUAUUUUUUAGAUUGUCUUUGUCAUGAGAAACUUGCAAAGAUACAAGGUAAGAAAAUAAGAGGAAUGUGAACUUUCUAAUAAUUACGUCGCUAA